AUGACAGACACAGCAAAGCCUUUGAACGUGUUGAUUGUUGGAGCGGGUAUCGGUGGACUCACCGCGGCACUUGGCCUGCGCAAACAAGGUCACCAUGUAACGUUAUUCGAGCGAUCACAGUUGGCGAGGGAAGUCGGUGCUGCUAUUCACCUUGCACCAAAUUGUCAUGGUAUCCUUCGAAAACUUGGGGUUUACCCUGAGACCUUUGGUGCCAACCCUGUUGAGGGAAUUUGCGAACAUACUGCUACCGGCGAGACCAAGUUUGACAUGAACUUGACAGGACCUUUAUCAAUCUGGGAAAAUCCAUGGGUGCUUUCUCAUCGUGUCCGUCUCCACGAAGAGCUCAAACGCUUAGCCACAUCUUCCGAAGGAGCCGGCACGCCAGCUGUCCUUAAGACGUCCAGCCCAGUCGUCGAUGUCGAUCCGUCAACAGCGACUGUCAAGUUCGAAGAUGGUACCUCAGUAUCUGGAGAUCUCGUUCUCGGUGCCGAUGGCGUCAGCUCAAUAACUCGAAAUAUCGUUGCAGGCUCAGAUAUCAAACCCUUUGGUUCAGGAAAGAGCGCUUUCAGAUUCUUGGUUCCUCACGAUGUCAUCCGCAAAACGGAAACAACCAAGGUUUUCACCGAGCGCACGGGAUUUAUGACGAUGUGGAUGGGCGAUGAUCGCAGAUUGAUUAUGUAUCCUUGCUCAAACAACACAUUCAUGAACUUUGUCGCUAUUCACCCUAGCGAGCUUUCUGCUGGCGCAAACAAGACUUCUGGUUGGGGCCAUGGUGGUAGUAAGGAAUUGCUACGAGAGGUGUACAAGGACUUCGAGCCACGAGUCCAAGCACUCCUAGAACUAGUGGACGCCGAUGAACUGAAGCUUUGGACUCUUCUUGAUAUGGACCGAAUUCCAACCUGGCACAAGGAGAGGCUGGUACUUCUCGGAGACGCCGCUCACCCAUUCUUACCCCACCAAGGACAAGGUGGAGGCAUCGCCAUCGAAGACGCAGCCUCACUAGCAGCUUUACUACCCCUCGGCACAACCCCGGACGACAUCGCAUCACGAUUAUCACUUUACGAGAAGAUUCGAGAUGAAAGAGCCCACAAGGUCCAAGAGUUUACGAGAAUGGCGGGUGAGGAUCUUCAUGGCGAGAAACGCGCUAAGUUCAACAUCUACCAAUUCCUCAAUUAUAACUUCGAACACGACGAGUGGCACAAUUCUACCAAGGAACUCAAGGAUCAUUUAUACGCUCAGAACAAGAACCUUCACUGGAAAUCACCAUUAUCCUUCGGUCCUGUACCAAGUCCACGACAGGAUAUUAUGGGCCAUCGCCAUGACGGCGCAAACUCAACUUUCACCACAUAUUCCGUUCGCUUCAAGUCCUCAGCAACAUAUCUCAAAACUCUCUUUCCCACACGCCAAUUCAGCUUCUUCAAGACCGGGACUGUCGCAGAAGCUACCUUCGCCUGUACCGAGCUGAACGGUAUGAAGUGGUUGGGUGGUGGCGGAUACAGAUACUUCGGUUUCUGGAUUCAUGGCGUACAGUAUGAGAAGAAAGAUGGAAGUAAGAUUUAUGGAUCUUUCUUGGCUGUUCUCCUGGAGAAUCUGGCGGAUCCUAUCAUCUCAGGAAGAGAGGAACUUGGAAUGCCAAAGUUGUAUUGCGAGAUCGACGUGAAGGAGAAAGAAGCCGCUACAAAUAUCCAAUGCAGUUGGCGUGGGACCAAAUUCGUCGACAUCUCGAUCAAUAAUAUCAGCGAGUCCACCGGUCACACAAACGGUACCAACGGCGCACCCAAACCAUCAGGACCACCCGGCGCUCCGCCGUUACCCGAAGAGCAAGGCCAACUAAUCUACCGCUAUGUCCCUUCCGUGGGUAACCCGGGUGUUCCUGACGCGGCCUACCCUGUGUUUAUCGAGGAAGGCUUGGAAAGCACCCCUCGAAAGGUUGAGAAGAGUUUAGUUGGAACUGGCGCAGAAUUGAGUUUGACCGCUGGUACAUGGGAUAGCCUGCCGACUCUGAAUCAUAUCGCUACUGGUCUUUCGGAGAUUCCCGUGUACGGAGUUGUCAAGAGUAAGGUCGAGAGUGGAAGGGGUGUGGAUGAUAUUUCUCAUGCGAAGAGAGUUGAGUAG